CGAAAGAGGAGAGCCGUCGUCAGCGAUGAUGAUGAUGCUGCUGGUCGCCGGUUGAAGGAGUAGGAAGGAAGGAGGACGAACGUAGAAGUGAAGAUACAUAGCAGUAGCUAAGCAGCGUAUAACCUCGACUUCAACGACACAGUGAUUGAUGACUGCUGAGAUGGUAUGACUGAAGGUGUAUUGCCAGCCAAGCUUGUCCUUAUGAUUUGUUGAGAGGCAGUAUUGGCUAAUAAUUAACAGCACAUCUCAAAUUGCUUAUGAUGGAGACGUCAGUGGCAGGACGGAGGCGUACUGCCACUAGGCAUUCAGCUGAAGAUCAAGCUCUAGAUCAGAUUGCCAAAGAGGCAGAAGCAAGAUUAGCUGCUAGAAGAUUAGCCAGAGCUGAAGCAAGAGAAAUACGAAUGAGGGAAUUAGAAAGACAGCAAAAAGAAGCAGAGGAAAAUGCGGAUAGAGUAUUUGACAUGUGCACAGCUGAUGCUAACAGAGCCAUGAGGGUCACACCAGAUCCUAUUCGAGCUUCUAGACUCCUUGCAAACAGCAACAACUUUCAAUCAAGUCGAAGAUCUUCUGAAGAUUCCUUGGAAGAUGCUGGGCUUGGAAGAGAUCUUAGAAUGGAACUUAAAGAAUUUGAAGAGAAGUUCAGGAAAGCAAUGAUAGCAAAUGCUCAAUUGGACAAUGAAAAGUCUUCUUAUGCCUAUCAAGUUGAUCUGUUAAAAGAUAAGUUAGAGGAGCUUGAAGAACAAACAGCCCAAUUAAGGCGCGAACUAAGAGAAAAAAAUCGUGAGGCUGAUCAAGCUAAACGUCUUGGUCAAAGACUGGAAGAAGAUUUAAAUAUCUUUAAAGCAAUGCUUACGGAAAGGGAUGCUUUAAUACAAGAAAAUGGAUUGGUUAUAGUAGAAGAUGAAUGCAGUGAAAAUGAAGAGAUACAUAAGGAGAAUGGACCUGUUUGCCGAAAGAAAGUGCUAGUCAGUACAGAAGCUGCAGAAUUAUUGCAAAAUGCUGGAGAAGGUUCUCUAGAUGUUAGACUGAGGAAAUUUGCAGCUGACAAGAAGGAGCAGCAAGAUGAGAUUAGGCAUCUUAGACUAGAACUGGAAGAAGCAAGAAAUAGAAUGAGGCCAGCGCGAUCUUCAGAUUCUGGAUUAGAUUCUGAAGACGCACAGAGAGAAGCUAACAAAUUGCUAGCUGAUUACAAAUUUAAAUUGCAAAAGGCAGAACAGGAUAUGUCUACUCUUCAAGCAACGGUAGCCAGACUCGAGAGUCAAGUAAUUCGCUAUAAGUCAGCAGCUGAAGCAUCUGAAAAGGCCGAAGACGAAUUAAAGAUUGAAAAAAGAAAGUUGCAAAGAGAGGUCAGAGAAUCACAAGGUCGCGUCGAGGAGUUAGAAACCGCCAAUUCACACUUACAGCGACGCUUAGAUAAGCUGAAAAACGCCAAAUCAGCGCUACUUAAAGAACUUUGAUAGUUUUUUGAAUCCUCGCAUGCCGAGUUAAUUAUAUGUUUCGCAAUUAAUUUGCGAAGCGUUGUAAAUACGAAGAAAGCACAUAUUUAGAAAAAAAAACGUGUGCAAAUGAAAGCCUAGUGAUCGUCUCGUGUUUACGUGCGAAAGCAAAGCGAAAGAAUCUUUCCUGCAUUUUUAAAUUAAUUUCAUUUUUUUUUCUUAUUUCCUUACACUCACAUUGUACCAGCAAUCCUCGUUAGCGGUUUAUCGAAUCCUUUCUAUAGACUUAUUUAUUUGCAACAACAAAAAGAGUUAACCGCGUGAUUUUAAAAUGUUAACGAAAUGGAAAAAAAAUAUCAAGACUAUAUUGUUUUUACCGUUUACAUUAUCUAUAUUACCUCGAUCAUAGUUAAAAAUUGACUUAACAGCACGUUAUAACAUUACAAGCAUUUGAAAUAGUGAAAGACUUACGUAUUUAAUAAAAGCACACAGUGCCUACGGCGAUAAUCGAGGGAGAGUCCAAGCUGAUAUUCGUACCAGGCAAGAGAAAUUCCAUCCAUGUAGUAGCGCUACAAGCUACAAUUAUUCCCGACGACCACUUAUUACAAUGAAACAAAAAAAAUGAACGAAUGCGGCCUAAUGUGACAAACACAUUAUUAACGCGAAGAGACUCUAAUUGAAUUCUUUAUUAGUAAUUAUUAUUUUAGAAGGCAUUAGCUCAAAAGAAUGAAUAACCUUGAUUUUAUUUUAAUAAUUGGUGAUGAUUUUGGUUUCCUCGCCAAAAAUCUGUUUUCUUUUCUAAGCGAUUUUAAUUGUAUUUCGUCUUUGUACCAUAAGAUGUUUCUGUAUUAUAAUGCGAAUAAGAGUGUACCGAGUUAUAUUCGAUUUAGGGCGUUUUUACCACGAUGGUAUAAACUGUACAUCUUUUUUUCUGUUAUAAAACGAUCAGCGAUAAUUGAUUAAAAACUUAGUAUUUGUUUCAUAAGUCUUGAUUCAUUGUUUAAAUCGCAAAGAAAAAAUAUAUGUAUAUCUUGUUUAAGAUGGUAUGUCAUGAAAUUUUCAGCCACGUAUGAAAUUGCAUUUGUUGAAGCUGACGAAAUCGUGUUAUGAAAACUCUUUAUUAAACAAUUCAUAUUUAC